AAUCUUGCCCAGGUGGUAAUGCUGAUUAUGCAAUGGAUAUGCACCAAAAAGAACAACUUCACGACAAUAGCAUGUCAAUGAUGCAAUCUCAGCAUUUCUCCAUGGGGAGGUCUGCUGGAUUCAAUCUCGGAGCAACAUAUUCAUCUCAUCGACCUCAGCAGCAACAGCAACAUGCUCCAUCAGUCAGCAGUAGUGGUGUGUCCUUCACACCUGGAAACAAUCAGGAUCUGCUGCACGUACAUGGCUCUGAUAUGUUUCCAUCUUCACAUUCAUCUUAUCAUUCCCAGACUAGUGGACCUCCUGGGAUUGGAUUACGACCUCUAAACUCCCCGAGCACUGUUUCUGGCAUGGGAUCAUAUGACCAGCUUAUCCAGCAAUAUCAACAACAUCAGAACCAGUCCCAGUUUCGCCUGCAACAAAUGUCAGCUGUCAAUCAGUCAUUUAAGGAUCAGGGAAUGAAAUCCAUGCAGGCAGCUCAAUCUGCCCCAGACCGAUACGGCUUACUUGGUUUGUUAAGCGUGAUAAGGAUGAGUGAUCCUGAUCUGACAUCUCUUGCGCUUGGAAUUGAUCUGACAACUCUAGGAUUAAAUUUGAAUUCAACAGAAAAUCUUCACAAGACUUUUGGUUCACCUUGGUCAGAUGAGCCAGCUAAGGGUGAUCCAGAAUUCAAUGUGCCACAAUGUUAUUUUGCCAAACAACCACCAGCAUUACACCAAGGAUACUUUACUAAGUUUUCGGUGGAAACAUUGUUCUAUAUCUUCUACAGCAUGCCUAAAGACGAAGCCCAGUUAUAUGCCGCAAAUGAACUUUAUAACAGAAGUUGGUUUUAUCACAAAGAACACCGCUUGUGGUUUAUUAGGGUCCCCAACAUGGAGCCACUAGUCAAAACAAACACCUAUGAGAGAGGAUCCUAUCACUGUUUUGAUCCAAACACAUUUGAAACAAUCCGCAAGGAUAAUUUUGUGCUUCAUUAUGAGAUGUUGGAAAAGAAACCAGCUCUACCUCAACAUUAACAUGUGUCUUUUUUU